AUGAAUGAAACACAACUAUUGGAAAUUAAUUUAGUUAAAGAAAAAACUCCAGAACCAAUUGAUAUUUCCAAACCAGGAAGAUCAAAAGAUUCAGAGGUAAGCUUUAAGCUUGUUAGUCCUGAGGGUAUAAUUCAAAUCCCUAAAAUAAAACAAACUAAGAAAAGAGUUUCUCGUAGAAGAGGAAAUACUGCUAUUUUAUCGUCUUCGCCUUACAAAAACGAGCUAGAGGAAGCUGAGCAAAAAAAGAAUAAAAAUUCUAAAGGGAAAACUCUUGUGAAGAAAAACCUUGCACCAUCACCAAAAAAGAAAAAAAUUAGUAAAGCCUCCAUGAUUCUGAAAAAUAAUGACUCAAGUGGCAGUGAAGUUAGUGAUGCGGAGUGCCUUUAUUGUGGAGAUUUUUACUCUUCGUCAACGGAAGGAUGGUUAGCAUGCUCAAUGUGUCACCACUGGGCCCAUAACUCAUGCGCAGGAUUUGAAGACGAAGAUGACAAAGCCGUUUUAGUUUGUGAGUUAUGCAAGUAA